AUGGAUCAUUCUAGCAAACACAUAGAUUCUGAUGUUUUAGACUUUUAUCGACCAUCUCAUAUCGGCGAGAAUCGGUUGUCUAGUUCCGGCCACAAUUGCCAUCUCCACGACCAGCAUUCUUCUGGCAAUCAGCAUCGGUCGCAGGGAGUGCCACAGCUUCCACUCCAUGUGAAAGUAAGCAGUGGUUUGCGAGUGCCUCUUACGGCUGCUGUUCAUACUGCAUAUGGCGUUCAUCCUCAACUACCCCGUGUUUAUCAGCAAGGUCGCCCUCAAAGUGCUUCGCAGCACCACCUUGGGCGGCAAGUUCACCCAGAGAUAUUUAGACAUAGCCCGCAGUCUUGCCAAUCUAAUCAAAGUGGUUGCACAGCUAGCAUUAGCAGCGGAACUUCUGGUUAUGCUUCUCUCAAUAGUAAUUGUAAAGGCGGGCAUAAACCCUCUGGCGCCAGACUUCGUGCUGCUGAAUUGAUACCUCUUCUUCGCGGAAAAUAUGCAAUGUUGCCUGGAGGUCGCACUCGAAAUGGUGGACCGAUUCUUUGCUUCCCUGCCAAUUCUCAUGCCGAUUUUCUACCUCUCGAGGAACUCUAUUUUCUGGUUCUAUACCUUACCUAUCUCCCUGAGGAGAAUGUAAAGAAACUGGGAUUUGCCGUUAUCAUUGACAUGCGCAGUGGGACUACUUGGCAUAGCGUGAAGCCUGUAUUAAAGGUUAUCGAAGAGUGUAUAGGCGGAAACGUUGCAAUGGCGUAUAUUAUUAAACCAGACAAAUAUUUGGAAAAGCAAAAGGUUCAAAUGUCUAUUGGGAAAUUCAGCUUCAACAUUCAGUUGGUGUCCGUUGAACAGCUUUUCCUUGAAGUUGAUGCCAGUCAGCUGACCGCUGAUUUAGAGGGUACCCUUCCCUACAACCAUGAAGAGUGGAUUCAAAUCCGGUGCUGUUUGGAGGAGUUCUUCAUGUUCGCUCAUGACAUGUCUGAUAAGUUCAGUCAACUGUACUGCUUUCUUGACCAAAAACAGAACCCUGAAUCUGUCGAGGAGUCGAAACGCGCAUUAGAGGACCACCGGUCAGUUCGUUUGAAGGUAAUGCAAGCUCCCGUACCCGCACUGGAGGCGGAGUCGGAUCGCCUUACAGCUUGGCUCCGUUACGGCAUCUCUGCAGCUGCCUCCGCCUCCGCAUCGGGCGGUGCUGCUACGGCUGUUUCUACCGCGGCAGCCGGUCUUCCUAGUAGCGUCGGUAAUGCAGCAAGCAGCUCCGGGGCUUCCUACGUACCCUCCUCAUGGGUCUCCAUGAACCCAGACUUCCAGCAGGUUCCGUAUGAAAUCUCCUACAACUGGUACUUAUCCCCUCUAAAUUACACUUGGAUUGAAAUUUUGCUCAAAUUACGUUUUGGAAAGUUAUUAUCAGUAUGCCUGUUGCCUUUUGCUGAUUUCCCUUAUCCACUUCAGUUAAUCCCACAAGUGCGUCAGACUGUGACUCAGUUGUACGAGUUUCGAGCGCACCUUCAGCAGAAGUGGGAGACGGGGAGGACGCGCUUGGAGCAAAUCUACCAAUUUCGUCUGUUCGAGGACGACGCCAGUCGCAUGACCGCAUGGCUGGAGCAGCAAAGUGUGCUUCUUCUCACUGAACACGCCGAUAUAGGCGAAACUGCUUCUCAGGCUGUCGAGUUGCACAAUCAGCACCGACAAUUCCUGCAGAAGUGUAGUGGAGUGCGAGAGCAGGUGUCACGCCUUACGGGAAUCGCUCGUAUGCUGGCCGACACCGGACACUUUGCCGGUCAGCAGAUGCUUAAGCAAGCGAAUGAGUUGGAACAUGAGCGAAAGUCUUUCACUACGGCUCUCGAAGAGCGCUCUCGAGUGCUUCAGCUUUCUACCAGUUUCCACACUCGCGCUGAGGCCUUCCUGAAUAACUGCACCACUUGGGAGACCAGCGUGCGUCACGUUUCUGGCACCAACGUCAACGAUUUGAAUCAGGCCCUGAGGCUUAUCCAAGAGCGUUGGCAAGAUAUUCAGCAAUCUUACGAAGAAGCCUGUAGAGACGGCAGAGCCAUGGUAGAUCUUCUGAGUGCCCCAGUCACCGGUGGGUCGCACACUUCACUCACAGCUGCGAUCGACUAUUCUCAGGGUCGCAAGCAUUGUGCCGACUUGGUGCACGAAUUAUGGGCGUGGUAUAAGCGGUUGGAGCGAACUUUUACCGACCGAAAAUCCAGGCUCACCUCUCGUCUAGCACUGCUCAUGUUCAAGGAGGAUGUGGGGCAGGUUCUUACGUGGCUCUCAGACCACGGCGAGCCCUUCCUUGCCCGGCAAACUGCCAUUGGCAAGUCAAGCCAGCGGGCCGAGCAGCUCUAUAAUGCACACAUGCAGUUUGAACAGGUUGCUGCCAACACCCUUACUAAUGCAGAUAAGUUGAUCUCUGCAGUCGAGGAACUCGCUUCCCAGGCAGAGAACCCUCGUGAAGUCCGUCAGGAGGCAGCCAAGCUACAACAACGCAUAACAAGUUUUACCAAUGCAGUAGACUCGAGGCGUGAGAUGCUGGAUCUAGCUUGCGGAUUCUAUGGCCACACGAAGGAGGUGCUAAAUUGGUUGCACAAUGCCAGCGAGGCCUACAACCCUGGGGAGCACUUCCCACCCACUAUAGAGGGUAUGGACGACGAACUGACCGCCUUCCGCCAGCACCGAGACAGCCUCGAGGUGGCGGUCAAACGAGUCGUCUCCGAAGGAAAGGUUCUCAUCUCACGGCUUCAGGACUCUGAGGAGGCUGCGCAUCUUCGCUCCAUCCUCACUCAGGUUACUAACGAGCGUGACGCUGUGUGGGAGCUUCUAGGGGACCGCCAAAUGAGACUGGAGUUGUGUAUGCAAUUGCGUCUCUUUGAAGCCGACGUGCACAACUCUAUGGAGGGUUUACGUCGAGACGUGCCUGCCAUCACGGCUGUGGUCAAUGCUACAUCUGCAGUCCCCUCGACUUCCCCUACGGCCCCGACAGCAGCGACGGAGUCAAACGUUGCCAGCGCUGCGCCUUCCACUUCCGGUGUUUCCUCUAUCUCUACCGCUGCCACUGAUCUCUACUGGAUAUCAGAUCCUCGAAAGGCACCUAGCAUUUCCGCUUUAGAGGAGGUAAACGUCUCCUGUACGGCUAUUCUUCCGAAGGUGGAAGAAGUACUCGACAAAGGCGGUGAACUUAUACGCAUCUUUGAGUCGGUUGCAGUAAACUUUCCUGCCGGAGGUCCGGGAUCCAGUGACUCAGGUGUUGGUGAUAGUUCCGAGACUGCAGUCGAGCGCGUGCAUCGUCUUAUUUCCGAACUCGGUGAAUCUGUUGCCACUGUUGACGAAAUCAAUGAGCGUGUUAGCAAUGAACUCGAUUGGCGUCGCCUUCAGUCUCAGUCUAGACAAGUGUUGAAAUGGAUUGGGCAGUGUGAGGUGAUCCUCUACCAGACGGCGGUGAUUCCGACAAGUCUGGCGGAGGCUGAAGCGAUGCAGACGGACCACGACAAAUUCCAGCCCGUGUUGAACGACGCGCACCCCGAGGCAGUGCAGUGUGCUGCGCGAGCCUCCUACCUUCUCCAGUCCGUUGCAGCUGACCAUCCGCGCCGCGCUGACUUCCAGGCGGUCGCGGAGAACGUCGCCGAGCGCUGGCAGAAACUCGUCUACGCCGCCGAGGAGAAACAUAAGCUCCUCAUCGCCGCCACCAACUGGUACAAGACCUCCGAGCAGGUGAUAUCAGUGCUGCGCUCGUUGGAGAAGGAUUACCGGCGGGAGGAGGACUGGUGUCGCUCUGACAAGGCACUUAACAGUGGAAACGUUGAGUCCUACCUCAAUGAUCUCCUCAGCAAGCACGGCGAGCAGAAGGAGGCCUUCCUGAAGGCGUGUAUUCUUGCCAGACGAACCUCGGAGCUGUUCAUGAAGUAUCUGCACCGACAGCCCCCCACGACGGCUUGUAGGACUAAAGUGGAGGAGCGAAUUCGCAGUGACAUGGCUGACCUCAUGGCCAAGGAGCAGGCCGUGCUUGAGGCCUGGGCCGCCCAACGCCGUCGUUUCGAGGAGUGUGUCAAAUUUGUGACUGUUGAGGCUGAGAUGCUCGAUCUCGCGCGUCGCAUCUUGCAAUUCGUGGGUGGCCCGGUGAAAUCAGCGGAGGACCCGAAGGUGGCACUGCCUCUGCUGCCACGCCAAUCGUCCCUCUUCGCCACGGUGAAGCGCGCCUGCCAGUCCCUGAAGGCCCUCCUUGAGGCCGGAGUGGGUGCCCAUCACUCCGAUAGUCUUCUCAAGACUUAUCACCGCCUCAACGCCUGCGUCGCCCCUGUGGAGACGCCUCGACCACCUGAGAGUGACUCUGCCUCUGCUGCUGCAGCCAAGAUGCGUUCCACUGGCACCGGUUCCAACAGAACCUCUGUGUCAAGCACAGGAAGCUCGGGAGUGGCGUCAAGUGACACAACGCCAAGUAUCACCGCUACGGUUGGUUUGACGGAGGAGCAGCGGAAACUCAUAAACAGACGCCAGAAUAUCCUCCGUGAGCUGGUAACCACAGAGCGAGCCUACGUUUUGGCUCUUCGCACUUGUCUUGAGACUUUCCACGCCGGCACUAUGAAUCCGCCUGUAGAUAUUCCGGUCCCCUCAUACAUAGCCGGCAAGGAAAGCAUUGUUUAUGGUAAUCUGGAGGAGAUCUACCACUUCCAUGAGAAAUUUUUUGAGCCCGAGAUCUGUAAGUAUGCCAGUGGCGGUGACUUUCUGCCCGAGGACGUGGGUCACUGUUUCGUCUCCUUCGGUGACCGAUUGGCGGGUCUCUACGUGGAAUACUGCGUCAAUAAAGAAGACUCCAUGCAAAUCCUUGUAGCUGACACGGAGAACUUCUUCGGGCGUCUGCAGCUGCGUUAUCAGCUGAGCGAGCCACUCCAGUCCUUUCUCAUCAAGCCCGUGCAAAGAAUCACAAAGUACCAGCUUCUGCUACGUGAAAUCCGCGAAUGCUGCGACAAAUCCUCUGCCGGUGAGCUGUCCGAGGGCCUCGAUGUCAUGAUGGCUGUGCCUAAAAAGGCAAAUGAAGCCAUCCACCUCCGAAUGCUUCAGGGCCUACCAGAAGACUUACCGAUAUCAUGCCUCGGCGACGUGGUGUUGCAGGACCAAUUCACCGUGUGGGAGCCCAAACAGCUCAUCAAGAAGUCUCGUGAGCGGCGUGUCUUCCUCUUUGAUAUCUGCCUCGUGCUUGCCAAGGAGUGUCCUGUCAACCCUGGGGAAAGCAAAAUGAAGUACCAGUUCAAAUCGCGUUUCCUUCUGGCUGAUCUGAACAUCACAGAGCACAUAGAGGGCGAUCAAUGCAAGUUUGCUCUUUGGGCGGGCCGCGUGCCGCCGGUCAACGACUAUCGACUGGUGCUCAAGGCUCCCUCCCUUGAGGUCAAGCAGACGUGGGUUCGAGCCAUUCGAGAGGCAAUGCGCGAGCGAAUGUUCAGCAUGCAGAGUCUGCAUCAGGAUAGCUCUGCAGCUUCUGGCAAGCUCGGUGCAGAUAGCGUCUCCACUCUCGACGCCUACUAUAUUCGCGAAAACUAUCAGGCUCAAGGUCCAAACGAGAUAUCAGUAGCAGCUCACCAAAUAGUGCAGCUAGUUCAGCGUACUACUCAUCCGAGCGUGGAGAGCGUGAGUACGCCUCCGCCCACACCAAUUGGCUCAGCAUCGGCUGAGCGCGAAGCGGACGGGACAAGCGAGCCGUCGUGGGCGUUGGUGCGCUUUGUAGUGACGGGCAGUGCUUCGUCACCGAACGCACCCGUCGACGAGGGCUUCAUCCCUGUGCGUCUCAUUGGUGCCCCCGUUUAUCCCCGUGCCGCUUCCGUCACUGCUGGUGGCAGCAGUGGGGGACGUCGUUCGAUGCGUCGUUGGCUUCCCUCCGCAGGCAGUGGAACCAAAGAACGACGCCAAGUCCUUCCCGGCACUCCUGCUUCCGGCAAGCGUGGUUCCAAGGCUGACAUGGCUCCUCCUAUUCCUCUUGUCAACCGAUCUCUGGCCGCACCCACGCAGCAUCCGGCCACUUCGGCGACUAGUGUCGCGACGCAGGACAACACAGCCCUGUUGGACAACGUCUCGGAGGAGAGCGUGGAACUGGAGCUGCCCCCGCCGAUGGUGGAGCUCCAGGCCCUCCCAACUGCGUCUGCAGUUACCUCUGCUGUGGAGAGCGAGACAGAUGUUGCCUCGGAGGUAAAGAGAGCUGAAGAGGAUGGAGCAGCGCAGACGGCCAAUUCCGAAAUCAACCUCUCGCGAAUGGUGGAGAUUUCAGGUGAAGCCGAUGGGGGCGGUGGCACUGGUCCAUAUCUGCCACCAGUGCUCACGGGAGUACCCUCGGAUCUGCAGCAGAAUGCACUGGGUGCUCUUCGCAUUCAUGGUGCGCUGCGCGUGGCCACACAACUGGUAGGCGCGUUGGAGGCCUCUCUGGCAGACCUCACCAUCGGUGGCAGCAGCGCUACCGACGCCUCGUCGCGACCCGAGGGCACUGCCUGUACAGCAGCGCAAGACGAGGAGCUGCUUAAGGCCAUCGCGGAGGACUCCACCACCUUGUGUUUCGUGAAUCGUCACCUCCUGCUCUUUGACCAAGGCCUCGUGAUCGCUGACGCUGCUGUUGAAGCCAUUUCACGCACCGAUGGUGUCACUCGACAGAUGCGUUGUCAGUUCAGACACUUUCUCUCCUUCUCACAAAUCGCUCUGUUGGAGGAUAUAAGCGUGGCGGGAUCGAGACCGACAGAGGAGCAGGUACUGUGGUUCUGCGUCUCAGAGCGGCCGCGGCGUUCAACGACGUCGGCAGUGUGCGGUGGAAUGGGUGGCGCAGAGGGCAGUUUGCAGUCGCACCUUUGCCAUGUGCUGGCGCCUCAUUCUCCCGAGGUUCGCAUUCGCUGGCUCUCGGAACUCAAUGCCGCAUUGGAGCAGGGCAAGCGUUGUUCCGCCAUUGUCACCGUUUCUGGCGAUGAAGGGUUGAUUAUGGACCCGUAA